CUGCACCAGUCUCAUAUGGACCAGGAAGGGGACACAUCUGGCUGGAUGAUGUAAACUGUAAGGGGAAUGAAUCAUCUCUGUUGGAGUGUGGACAUGAAACAUGGGGACAACAUAACUGUAGACAUAAGGAGGAUGUUGGAGUGAACUGUACAGAAUUCAAGAUGCUGAAGUUAACUGAUGGCUGCUCUGGACAACUUCAGGUUUUCUAUAACAACUCUUGGGGCAGCGUCUGUGCUAAUGACAUGGAUAAGACCACUGCUGCCAUGAUCUGUCAAGAAUUAGGCUGUGAAAGCCUUAGCCCCAGUAUUAAAGAAGAAUUAUCAAAAUUGGACCCUGACCCAAAAUGGUUGGACAAUGUGCGAUGCAGAGGACAUGAGGCUUCUAUCUGGCAGUGUCCUCUUCUCCCUGGGGUAAAAAUACAUGCACUCAGAAAGAAGUAGCAGAAUUAUCUUGCUCAGGUGUACCGCAGGACUCUGAAACGUAUGAGGCACCAUCAUACUUCUAUGAAGACUCAACGGGUCAACCAAUGGAUUAUGUAGGAACUGACAUGGCAGUUAGAAAAACAGAAAACAUCUCAGAAAAUAAGAAAGUGAACACCAGCCAUCCCAAGUCUUGUUUGGAGGACUUCACUCAAGAGCACUGCUCAGAGCCACAUGCAUUGAGACUGGUAGGAGGAACUAAUAACUGCUCAGGACGAGUAGAACUACAGUAUGGAGACACAUGGGGAACAGUCUGUGAUGACGACUGGGACCUGAAGGAUGUGGAGGUGGUCUGUCGACAGCUUCAGUGUGGCAAAGCAGUGACUGCAGUACUGGAGUUUGGAGGAGGGAGUGGCAUCAUCUGGCUAAACAAAGUGAGGUGCAGGGGCUCCGAGGCCCACCUAUGGGACUGCCGACAUGAGCCUCUGGGAAAAAAUGACUGUGAGCACAAGGAGGAUGCAGGAGUGAACUGCACAGGAUUUGAACCUGAGAGCAGACCUGCAGCACUUCCUAACCUCAAGAUUUCGAAAGAACAGCCCACCCUAGUGAUUGUGUGCAUUGUACUUGGAGCUCUUCUAUUCCUUAUAUCAGUCCUGCUUUUUGGGCAGCUGCAGAGAAACAGAGGGCUGAAGAGAGGGAUGGUCAUGGAUGAACUUCUACCUAUUCAUAAUGCUGUGUAUGAGGAAAUUGAUUACAGAUUGGCCAGACAGGGAACCUAUGCUGGACCAGGGAAAGGAAGCUUUCUGUCUGAUAAUCUGCCAUAUGACUAUGAGGAUGUGGAAGACAGUGAGCAAGACAGCAUUCAAGGUGAACCACUGGACUCUGUAGACGCUGAGGGACCAGGCUAUGAUGACACUGCAUUUGAAAAACCAGAAAACUUGUCAGAAAACAUCCCCACUGAUGAGCUACCCUACAACUAUGAUGAUGUUGAGGAACCCUUUGGAAGACUCCCUAAUAGAUUCUGAUGUUUCUCUGAAGUUUCCCAUGACUCCUGAUUAUGACGAUGUUGAAGCUGAGCAUCUUGGAGAACAAUAGCUCUGGACUGUGGUGAUAACACAUUCUACAGUGUGCUGAACAUGUCUAAAUCAUUAUUAUAAUUAUUUCCAAUUAAGUGUCACCCGGCUUUCUAUAUAUUUUUGAUAUUAGGAAUACAGUAUUUUCUCCCUCA